AUGGAAAGGCAGGCAUUGGUAGUGAAAAUUGUUGAAACAAAAAAUAAUGUCAAAAGGCAUCAUAAAUACUCUGAAUGGUGUAUAACCGGAUUUUUAAAUGAAUGUGAAGAAGAACCGUUUGAAAUAAAGAUUGAUCUUUACAUAAAGAGCCUUGAAGAUAUCGUUAAACAUGAAAAAGGUAAUAGGGCUGAAAAAGCUCAAACCCUUAUUGACAGAUAUAAAAAGGAAAGGGAUGCUAUGAUGAAUAAUUCUGGAGCAAUCAAUGGAAGACCACAAGGUUCAGUCCAAAAAACCAGAAAUGGAAGGAGUAUUCCAAAUUAUUAUAAAUUUUAUGACGAAACAUCAGUUUCGGAUAUCAAAGUUGGAGAGAAUAAAGAGGAGGUUUCAUCUGAAACUGUCGCAAGUUGGGUUUUGUCAAAUGGUAAGGAUGUUGGCAAAGUAUUAUCCAAAUACCAUCUUUCUGGAGAGGAUAUUGAAGUUAAAAAUUUGUUCACAGAUGAAGAAUGGAACGAAAUGACUCAAGAUUUUAAGAGCAAUGUUAAUUUAAAUGGUUUGGAAGAUGAACAAGAGAGGCCUAUCUAUGAGCUGAUGGACAAAAUCACCAAGAAACCUUCUGACCUAAUUGCCAGAAUUGAAAGUUGUGUGAUUAAAUUAAUGCAAUUAGAUGACUUAUUCAGACAUACCUCAUUUGGUAGCAAUUUCACAAAUACGAUUACCAGAGGAAUAUUAACUUUUGACCAAAUUUAUCAUUAUGAAGAAGGAGAAAUUCAAGGUCUUGCUUCAUCAGUAAUCACCAUCAUGAAAACCAAGCCCACUGACAGAAGCUUAAUUGGACAAAAGAUGUAUUUCAGAAUCAGCAAGGAUCAAUUUGAAAUGUUAAUUGGAUUAAGACCUGGUGGUCUUCCCUCGGCACCAAAAAGUAAAAAAUGGAUGGUCAAAGUUGAUCUAGCAGUUGUGUUACAAGAUGUGUUGAUAAACAAAGGAAUAAAAACAAUGGCAUAG